UGUUAACGAGCAUUGGGACUAGUAGGUAUUUUAAUAAUCGAGGUCAUUUUUAAAUAAUUCGUGAUUUUGAUCUUCUAAUCUCACGCAUAGAGACGAGAAAUUAUUUAUGUAUACACGCUGUUUAUUCAAGACUUAUCCGGUUCCAUGGGAAAUAUUUCUUAUUUGGAGUAGUAUAAUUAUGUUUUAUAUGGAUAUUUGUUCCAACAGGUAACUUUUAACCAGCGAGAUUUUUUAUAAUAAAUGAUGUGAAUUUAAACGUUCUGAAAUAAGAAGCUAAGUAAUAUCAAAAUGAAUCAGUUCAAGUUUGACUCUGGCGAUUCCGCCAAGAAGACGUUCGAGUUUCGGAUGUCAAAAAAAGUUUCCGAAUUGACUCAAGUUGUUCAUAUGUUGUUUACCCGCAAUCAUGAGAAAGAGGUCGAAAUUGAGGCUAUGAAAGAAGCUUUUGAAUAUGAAAUAUUAUUAGUGCAAGAAGACGCACAAAAUAGAAUUGACAAUUUAGAAACUAAACGAUUGGAAUUAGAACUGGAAUUAGACAGAGAACGAAAAGCCGGACAAGAUCGUCUGAAAAGUGCACUGAAAAAUGAAGCAGACAGUCGGGAGGAAGAAUGGAAAGCCAAAUUAAUAGCAAGUGAAAAAAAUUUGCUUGAAGAAAAAUCCGAGUGCCAAAAUCUUCGAGAUCUCUUAAUAAAUGCUCAGAGAGAUAUAGAAAAAUUAAGACAGGGUGUAGCGGAUCAGCUUGCUAGUAAAAACGAAGAAAUUCUUAGAAAAAACCAGGAAUUAGAUAAAUUAAGAAAAUUAGUCGCUAAUUUAGAAAAGACCCAGGUUGAAACAGAAACUCAUUAUAAAGAAAUUAUACGUGACCUUGAAAAAACAAAUGAAAAAUUAGAAAAAGAACUUCAACAGUUGCAAGCAUUGUUAGAAGAAACACACAGGAAUAAAAUGAAACUGGAGGAAAAGAAUGCUAAAUUAGAAACAGACUUGAAAAAUUUGCGGAAAGACUUUAGUCGAAAAGUUGCAGAAGUAGUAGCUAGUCAAAAAAUGCAACAUCAUCAGCAACUACAACAAGUUCAAAGCCACCAACAGCCAUCAACAAGGCUGUCUCCUGGAGCUUUCACGAGAGAAGACAGAGUACGAUCAUCACGUUCACCCAUUCCAUCCAAUUCUGCAAAGAGAAGAAAUAGCCGUGAUUCAAGGCAAAUUGCCCCCAAGCGCGAUGAGGAUUAUAACGAUGAAUUGGAAAAAUUACGACGAGAAGUUCAGCGAUAUCGGAUGGAGCUCAGUAACCGUGACAGUAACUUCAAUAGAGUAUUCUCUACUCAGCAACCUCUUACUGUGGACCCUAGAGCAGGAAAGAUCGGGAUGAGUUCCCAACAAGUUAUUGCUUCACACAGGAGUAAUGAACCACUGUUAUCAAAAGAGAAGUCGUUUUCAUAUGCCUUUGUACAAUCAAUAGACGAAUCCAAAAGACCGUCCAGUUCCAGGGCCUCUUCUGCAGCAUCAAGACUACCGGUGCUUUCACAAGAACAGAAGAAUCGCCUUACAAAACUUAUGCGACCUAAACCAUUAUCUAAAGAGGCUUUGUACAGUAAAUAAGACGAUUUCUUUAAAAGAAAAAAACAAUUCUAUGUGCCAGACGGACAGUGGUACUCUUUUAUAACGUCAUAAGAGUACAAAUGAACAUCAGUCGGACAAUUCAAACUUGAACUUCACAGAAAUGUUACAGAAAGAACUGCACAAGUGCACUUCACCCCAGUGCUUCCAUUGCAUUUACGAUUUUUCACAACCAAAGCAUUUAAUGCAUCAUUUUUCAUAAUCUAUUCAUUUCACUUACAUGCCCCCUAUAUUACUUGAUUACCGAAACAGUUAGUAAAAGAAGUAAAGGAAUAAUUAAAAUUAUACAUGUGUGA